GACAGGGGUUGGAAUUGGGAUGUUCAUAAGAAGGUCUCAAAGAUUUUUCAAAGGAAAUAAUAUCUAUGUGGUUGUUAGAUCCUCUUCUUCUGUGAGUGAUUAUUGUGGGCUUGGUGGGUGGGGAAUACUAUACUAAUAAUACAGGAGGAGGAGGAGGAGGAGGAGCAGGAGAAGAAGAAUAAGAAGAAGUAGAAGAAGAAGAAAUGGAUUUUAAUAAGGGUGGUGGUGGUGGGGAGGAAGUGGGGUUAGAGUAUUGGGUUCGAUGGCAGGUCCCAGUGUGCGCUCUCAUCUUCAUCCUUCCAACAGUGGUUGCAGUCAGACUCCUGAAGAGAGUCCAGAGCCAGCCUCUCAAGUCAACUGAUCUGUGGCUUCCUUGCUGGAGAAACCUCAACCCGCUUUGGCUUCUCUUCUUCAGAGUUUUCGCCUUCGCUUCUAUGGCUUUCUUACUCUAUCACAUCGUCCUUGUACUCGGAGGCGCCUUUGCUUUCUAUUUCUACACUCAGUGGACUUUCGUAUUGGUCACGGUCUACUUUGCACUUGCGAUCGUUAUAUCUGCUCGUGGAUGCUGGAUGUACUCCAAGAAAAAGAAAUCUUUACCUGAAGAUAGAGAGAGUGAUGAGUUUCUGAAAAAGAAUUCUGAAGCAAAGGAAACCAAAGGUACCAUCAAGUUUCAAAGCCGUCAUAGCCAAGAGGAAAUUGAGUGUAAAACAGGUUUCUUAGAGCAUCUUGUGCAAGCUAUUUAUCAGACUUGUGCAGGUGCUGUUAUGCUAACGGACAUUGUAUUUUGGUGUCUUUUAGUCCCAUUUCUUUUAGGUGAUAAAUUUCAGCUCACGCUGUUGAUUGGAUGCAUACACAGUGUGAACGCUGUUUUUCUCAUUCUUGAUUCUGCACUCAAUAGCCAGCCAUUUUCUUGGUAUGGACUUGCAUAUUUUGUGCUAUGGAGUGUUUCGUAUGUUGUCUUCCAAUGGAUUCUUCAUGCAUGUGGUUUCACAUGGUGGCCAUAUCCCUUCCUUGAUCUUUCAACUCCAUGGGCGCCUCUCUGGUAUAUUGCCUUGGCUUUGGUUCACCUCCCCUGUUAUGGAAUUUAUGUACUGCUUAUGAAAGCAAAAGGCUCAAUUUUCUCCAGGAUGUUCCCCCAUGCAUUUGUAAGGACUGUAAAUACCACUAGCAGGAAUUCAUUGGAGAAGAAGCAAGCCUAAAUUUAUAUAAUUAUUAGCCUAAAUUUAUAUAAUUAUUGAGCUAUGUUAGGCCUGGUUGAUUAUUAUCCCAGAAGAAAAAAUAGCAUUUAUGUUGUUUAAAUGGAACCUACAUGUUUUGUAGAUUGAACAAAUGCUUAUGCUUUCUUGUCACUACUACUUGACAGCAUUAUGAUAAACAUAUGCCUGUAUUACUAAUAUUCCUCUAUUUUAUUUUUCUUUAUUUA